AAACAAGCCUAAUUUCUUGUUAAAAACAGUGGAUUUCCAUCCCAAAACAGGGGCAAAUUUAACCAAUUUCCAUCCCAAUUUAACCUGUAAAUAACCCCAAAAAAAAAACAGUGCACAAAUCAUGACCUCCUACAGUGAACCGUUGGACCCAAUAACCAAAACCCGGAUAAAGAUGCGUCUGUACCAAAACGUGGAAAACACCCCGGAACUGCGCAAGAAAAUCCUCGGGGGAGAACUGCGGUGUUGCAUCGUAAAACCGGAACUGGUUUAUGACCCGUUGCAGGUCACUGUGGCGGCAAACAAGGCCUUAACCAACAAAAAACAAACGACCAAAAGUGUGUUCACCGAGAUCCUGUUCAAUUUGUCUCCGUCGACUAACAUAAGCCAAAGUUUAUUGAAGUUCGGCAUAAAUGACCAGGACAAGAACUUAUUAGUGGUCACCCUAGAGAAGGAAGGAGAGGCACGGCUGUCUGAAGAAGUUUUUUCAGCAAUACAGGGCAGCCCCUUAGACAUUUUACACCUGGGGUGCUUAAGUGACGUGGGGGCCAUAAGAAAACUGUACAAAAUAACCGAUAAGGAGCAUGAAAGUGUUAAUUUAAUAGAUUCCGUUGUCAGUAGAAUCGCUUUAAAGGAAUAGAUAGAGAAUAAGUUCAUAA